CAACAGAGGAAGUCGUCGACCGAUGAAUGAACGGGCCGGCAUUCAUUCAUACUUGUUAAAAUUUACCGAGCAUCCUUCUAGAAAUACUUUUGUGCGCGCAGCAUGGAUCAAUUAAAAUUAAAAGCAUACGCCGAAGACAGCGGCUUCCAGAAAGUUCGCAAGCUGCUUUUGCAGCAAGAAGGUGACAAGCGGCGRCGAAGGCAGCAGCAGUCGAGGCGGAGACAGCUGAAGGCCAGUGAGCGGUGGAGCUCAGCCAAUGUCAAAAACAAAAACAACGACGAAGAUGACGACGACGAGGAUCUAAGAGCGCUUUCCUUCCGUCACAGAUCCAAGGCAUACCAUCUUAGUCCGAAAGACGUSAAAAACCGAAGGGUGUACCGYUGGAACAAUGCCACAGGCAGCGAAGCGGUACAGCUCCAAAAGGGACGCCCCUCCGGCGGUCUCAUGCCGAAUGUGAAUUCCUUUUUGCAGCGCUACAACGAUCGGCGGCCGAAGAGGAUCGACACGGACGCCAGACCCAUUGCCGGGGAGCAUGCGACGUCGACGCCCUCCACGGCCGCCACCCCCUCGACGGCUGCCAUGGACGACGACGAAUUCGACACUCCCUACGACGAGCUCUCUCACUGCUGCGAGUGGCUCCAGCCACCAUCGUCCCGCCCCUCUAUCGAAAGCCGAACCCGUGCGAGGCCGGCAAUCGGCUGUUCCCCGGGCGAAGGAGAAACCUUUUCCGAUAUUGGAAUUGUUGUAGGGGGAACGACAACGGAUGAGGAAACCCCGUACUAUCCUUUCCGAACCACGAGGAAGGAGGCCGCCUCCUCGCUGGAGGGGAAGGAGGUUACCCUCGAGAUGUUUGCCCGGGACCGGGAGGUGUCCACCGUCGAGAAUACUAUGGAGGACAAAYACCCGAAAAGAGAACGAGACCGUUYCGAGGACGAUCUCGCAACGAAGUACAUUGAAGAGGAGGGAUCGAUCCUCGAAGAAUUGCACGGAAACCUAGAGAAUCUGCUUCGGGAAAAGGACAAGGUAAAACGGGUAGUCGAUGAAUACGAUCGCCUUGUGCGGCARGCCGGCUGCGCUAUUGGCAAUCCAAGCGCUAGCGAUGCGGAGACUGGGGCGGGGAAUACCACCAAGGCUUCGGGGAGGGAAGAAGUCGGUCGAAAAUCCAUGUCUUCGUUGAAAAACAAAACCAAAUUGUAUGACGACGUAAACAGCAAAUUGAAACAGCGUGAAAACGAUGAUUUGGAUCGAACGCUUGGGGGCACAUCCUUCCGCAACAUUACCGUACGAAAAAAAUCCCAAUCGAAAGCAGAAGCAACUCGCCUUUCGGAUCAACGCAGCGUCAUAAGCUACCCUGCUGGUUUCAAACCCCACCAAAGCAGUUCUAAUCGACAGAGCGUUGUUACCUAUCCUCCUAAUUUCAAGGCACAGCAAAAAUCAUCCAGUCCACACAGCGUUGUGGCACUCCCUCCGAAAUUCAAACCGCACGAAACCAAAUCUCGAAAGCCUAAGCAGCCGUCGUUGCAUCCAAACGUUGCCGCUCCUAAAAAAUCCAUACACAAGGCAAGCAAUUCGGUUCGACAAAACGUUAUUGCCUAUCCUGCCGAUUUCCAAAAGCCUGGAAACAAUCUUGUUCGACAUCCAACGAAAAAUUUAUCUCCUAGCAYCAAUGAGAAAGAGAAUGAAAAGGAUAUUUUGAGAGAAGCAUCUCUUGCCGAAGGAGACAACUCUCAAACUCGUCAGACCGAUCACAAUGUUCCAAAGGGAGAAACUUUUCGAGCAAAUCGAGUCGUUCCUCUCCCGCUAUCGACCAUUAAAGAGGAGCAGGCACAGAAACAGACACAUACACAAUUUGAAUCUGCACGAAAUAAAUUUGAAUCGUCAUCGGGAACGCUCCCCAACCAGAAAACAAAAGCACGUGCUGAGAAAUCGACGAUUGAUAGGGAGCAGACAUCUUUUCAGAGUGCGAGGCAAUUGUUUGAAGCACCGAUAGCUCGAACGCUGCCAAAACAUAAAGCCCCUGUUGUCGGCGAACAAAAUAAUACUUCCGAAGCACCUAAACUAAGCGAGGUCGCCAUUGCCGCUGGGCUCAUCGAUGCUCAGGCAACCCUGGCGGUAGACCAGCCCAACGACAAAAGGGCUGCCAUGGAAACCAGAUUGACGCACAACGUGCAAAAGUACAGCAGGGAAGGUGGAUUUUUUAAAUACGUGAUACGGAUGCGAGCCGCCACCUCGAUCCAGGCCCGUUGGCGAGCCUACGUCCGUAGAUCGGACUAUCUCUGGUAUUUAGACCAUGUGUCACGGAAUCAAGCAGCUACGCUGAUCCAGGCCCAAUGGCGAGCCUACGACUGUAGAAUGGAUUAUGUGUGGCACCAGGCAUCGGUGCUGAUUCAGGCACAGUGCCGGUCCCGCAUUUUUCAAAAGAAGUACGCGAGAGUUCGUUCCGCCGCAUUGCGGAUUCAAUCCAUUGCGAGGAUGAACGCUUGCCAAGCCAGCUAUGCUGAGAGCCAGGCCGCUGCCAGGCUUUUGCAAGCCARCUGGCGUGCUUCCGUUUGUCAGAAACAGUAUACAAAGUACGUGAAGUCAGCAGUUCUCGUCCAGUCUGCAGUAAGGAUGCUUCAAUGCCAGGCAAGGUUUCUUCAUGCCAGAACCUCGGUGACGCUGAUCCAAGCAGCGACACGUUGCUAUAUCGCAAGAACCCUCUUUUUGGACCAUUGCCAAACGAGAUGCAACGCUGCCACUACCAUUCAGUCUGCUAUGCGAAUGAACAUUAUCCGAACGAUUUAUAUUCGGACAUUGCUCGGACACCAGGCCAUAACGAGGAUCCAGGCGUCGUUUCGGAUGCACUCGUGUCGUUUCUUUUACGUCAGAUGCAAAGAAGCCGCCACGAUGGUACAAGCAUUACAACGAAGGCAUGCAUGUCGUACUUCGUAUCUMGAGCAGAGAAAGUCAGCUACGUCCUUACAGGCAACKGCACGAAUGCAUUCCUGCCGUACGAAGUACUUAUCAAGCAAAAAAAAUAUCACAAUUUUGCAAGCAAUCUGGAGGUUGCACAACGCUUCUACUAGAUAUAGAGAGAAAAAGAGAUCAAUUGCAGCAAUCCAAACAUUUUUCAGAAUGUAUCUCCACCAUCAGAAAUAUCUUACCCUCAAAAGAGCGACACUGAAUACACAAGCUGUAGUGAG